GUGAUAAGCGGUACCAUUAUCUAUCACAAAAUUCAAUGAUAAGAUUGUAGAGAUUGGAGCAAUUUGCGAAUUAAACGAUGAGUUCCACUUAUAUAAUGUGACGUAACCUUUUCCCACCUUCAUUCCUCCAAACAUGAUGCUUCUAAAAGUAGUACUCUUUGUCUCAAUUUCCGUGUGUUUUUGUGACAAUGACAACCGACCAUUGGUCACAACCCCAUUGGGCCGAAUCCGCGGGUACCACAAAACGUCCCAUGAUGGUCGAAAGUUCGCCGCUUUCGAAGGCAUCCCAUUUGCCAAACCACCAGUGGGACAAAGACGCUUCGAAGAACCUGAGCCUGUGGACCCUUGGCAUGGUACCUGGGACGCCAGGUACUUAACCAGCUGCGCCCAGACGUCCAUGACCCAGCCGAACGUCACUGAAGGCGCUGAGGAUUGCCUACACAUCAAUGUGUACGUACCAAGGGAAGUACCAACACCUGGGGAAGGGCUAGAUGUGGUGGUACACGUCCAUGGGGGGGCUUACAUGUAUGGUAGUGGGCACGUGUACGCCCGCCCAGAUUUCCUAAUGGAUCGGGACUUAAUUUUCGUCACUUUUAACUACCGACUGGGCGUUUUUGGGUUCUUGAGUACCGAGGAUGAGGUGGUACCGGGGAAUAUGGGUUUGAAGGACCAAGUAAUGGCCUUGAGAUGGGUCCAAAAAAAUAUUGACAGUUUUGGGGGGAACCCAAACAGUGUGACCUUGACGGGUCUAUCAGCUGGUGGUUCCAGCGUCCAUUUCCAUUACUUCUCCCCUUUGAGUGAGGGUCUCUUCCAACGAGGGUUCUCCCAAAGUGGUGCUGCCACCAAUUGUUGGUCUUUACAAGAGGAUGGGUUGGCAAAAGCCAAACUUUUGGGUGGUUCCAUGGGUUGUCCCAUUGGUGGUACCACUCGUGAGUUGGUUCAAUGUCUUAAAGAACGACCCAUGGAGCAGAUUUUGGGCAAGGUUUGGUUGUUCUUCAAGUACCAGUUUUUGCCAUUUGCCCCUUUUGCCCCCGUUGUGGAGGAAAAAGGGCCAAGUGCCUUUUUGACCGACUAUCCUUUUAACCUCUUAAAGGCCGGGAAAGUGUUAGAUGUGCCAUGGAUUUCGUCAAACACGCAACACGAAGGGAUUUUUCCCUCGAUUUUCAUGGUAAACGAUUUAGAAAAUGUUAACCAAAACUGGAAAUCUUUAGCACCCGCAUUUUUCGAUUUUAUUUACACUUUGCCCAAAACUCAGCAUGAGACAGCUUCCCAGCAAAUCCUAGAGUACUAUUUGGGCAAAAACCAGAAACUGACCCAAGGAAACUCCGAUCAGUUGGCCAAAAUGUUCACUGACCGUAUUUUCAUAAUUGAUGCCGAAAGUGCAACUAAACUUCAGGCCAAAACCGCCAAAUCGCCAGUCUAUUAUUACUUUUUUACCUAUUUCGGAGACUUCAACCAAGUCAAAGGUGUAGGUCAUGGUGACGAUGCCAAGUACUUCUUUGGCAACAUUUUCGAACCCAGACCUUUGAGUGAGAACGAAUUGAAAAUGAAAGACGUUAUGUUGGACAUGUUGGUCACUUAUGCCAAAAAAGGGACCCCGGUCAUAAAAGGGGCCGACUGGAGGCCAACUCAAGGAGACCAGUUAACGUACCUUGAAAUUGGGGGCCCUGAAGAUGGGCAAAUGACGCUCAAAACGAGCAGUGACCUUAGCGGGGCCAAGGACUUUUGGAACUCUCUAGGCUUGUCGGAUACUGAAAGUUUUACUAGUAGUACCAAAGACGAACUAGGUUACGAUUCAGUGACACAACAAUUACGCAAGAUCAUGGUACCACAUUUCCUAAUCCUCUUAUUUAUUUCGUUGGCCCAGUGUUCGCGCCCGUUGGUACAAACCCCAUUGGGUGCCAUCCAAGGCCACACCAAAACGUCCCACAAUGGGCGGAACUUCUCCGCUUUUGAAGGAGUACCGUUUGCCAAACCACCAGUUGGCCCAAAACGCUUCGAGCCACCGGAACCCGUGGACCCAUGGCAUGGUACUUGGGACGCCCGUCACCUUGUAACAUGCGCCCAAACACACAUGACCCAACCAAACGUGACCGCAGGUUCGGAGGAUUGUCUCUACGUCAAUGUUUACGUCCCGGGGGAAGUACCAACUCCUGGCAAACAACUAGAUGUCGUGGUACAUAUCCAUGGUGGGGCUUUUAUGUAUUGUAGUGGGCACUAUUACGCCAAACCUGAGUUUCUGAUGGACCGUGACUUGGUUUUUGUCACUUUUAAUUACCGACUGGGCGUUUUUGGGUUCUUGAGUACCGAGGAUGGGGUGGUACCGGGGAAUAUGGGUUUGAAGGACCAAGUUAUGGCCUUGAGAUGGGUCCAAAACAAUAUUGCCAGUUUUGGGGGGAACCCAAACAGUGUGACUUUGACUGGGGUAUCAGCUGGUGGUUCCAGCGUCCAUUUUCAUUAUUUUUCCCCUUUGAGUGAGGGUCUCUUCCAACGAGGGUUCUCCCAAAGUGGUACUGCCACCAAUUGUUGGUCUUUACAAGAGGAUGGGUUGGCAAAAGCCAAACUUUUGGGUGGUUCCAUGGGUUGUCCCAUUGGUGGUACCACUCGUGAGUUGGUUGAAUGUCUUAAGGAAAGACCCAUGGAGCAGAUUUUGGGCAAGAUUGGGUUGUUCUUCAAGUACCAGUUUUUGCCAUUUGCCCCUUUUGCCCCCGUUGUGGAGGAAAAAGGUCCAAAUGCCUUUUUGACCGACCAUCCUUACAACCUCCUAAAGGCCGGGAAAGUGUUAGACGUGCCAUGGAUUUCGUCAAACACGCAACACGAAGGGACUUUUCCAUCAUUAUCUUUGAUGAACGAUUUGGACCAUAUUUACCAAAACUGGGAAAGUCUAGCCCCCACAUUCUUUGAAUUUAUUCACACUUUGCCCCCAAGUCAACAUGAGAGAGUUUCUGAGCAGAUUUUAGAGUACUAUUUGGGCAAAAACCAAAAACUGACUCAGGAAAAUUCCGAUAAAUUUACCAAAAUGUUCAGCGACCGUAUUUUCCUAAUUGAUUCCGAAAGUGCAACCAAACUUCAGGCCAAAACCGCCAAAUCGCCAGUCUAUUAUUACUUUUUUACCUAUUUUGGAGACUUCAACCAACUCAAAGUUGUAGGUCAUGGUGACGAUGCCAAGUACUUUUUUGGCAGUGUUUUCGUACCAAGACCUUUGACUGAGAACGAAUUGAAAAUGAAGGACGUUAUGUUGGACAUGUUGGUCACUUAUGCCAAAACAGGGACUCCGGUCAUAAAAGGGGCCGAUUGGAGGCCAACUCAAGGAGACCAGUUGACAUACCUUGAUAUUGGAGGUCUUGAAGAUGGGGAAAUAAAGGUCAAAACGUGUGGUGACCUUAGCGGGGCUAGGGAUUUUUGGAAUUCUCUGGGGUUAAUGGAUAGUGAAAAUUUUGGUAGUACCAAGGAAGAAUUGUAAUAAUUUUUAAAUAAAAAAAAUAUAUAUUCAUAGAAAUUA